AUGACACCAUAUGAGGCUUUGUAUGGCCGCCAGUGCAGAUCUCCAUUGUACUGGGAUGAAAGUCGGCAGAAAAGUUAUGCAGAUACUCGCCGACGGGAGCUAGAAUUCAAAGUAAGUGAUAUGAUAUUCUUAAGGAUUGUUCCGAUGAAGGGAGUGAUGAGGAAUGGAAAGAAGGGCAAGCUGAGCCCUAGAUACAUUGGACCGUUCGAGAUCCUGGAGAGGAUUGGUUUGGUGGCAUACAGGAUAGCACUACCCCCAGCACUGGCCAGGAUACACGACGUGUUCCAUGUGUCCAUGUUAAGGAGGUACGUUCUAGACCCCUCGCAUGUGAUCAGUUAUGAAUUGUUGGAAAUCAGGGAUACUAUGGCAUACAGGGAGGUACCAGUUCAGAUUUUGGAUCGGAAAAUACAGGAACUGCGUACUAAGGAUAUACCAUUAGUGAAGGUACUAUGGCGAAAUCAUGUAAUUAAGGAGGCUUCUUGGGAGUUAGAAAUGGAAAUACGUCAGAAGUACCCACAGUUAUUUAGCGAGGACUAG